AGUAUCAGGGGUUCAGACAACAACCAGACUUCCUAACCAACCAGGCUGAUUGUUCUUUUCAUCCCGUCUCUCAAACUCUUGAAUUUCUCUCAGUCUUUCUAACCAUUAAUAACUUGAUUCUUUCACUCAUCUGUCUUCAUGCUCUGUUUAUCCUAAUCUGAACAAAUCUUUAAUCUGGAAUUUGUGUCUCUUUCGAUCUAAUCCUCAAUCGAUUCAAGCGUGCAACCUUCCUCCAUCGCUCUUCACAGUUACAUAAAGUAUGGUGGUAUUUCACUUGGUGCUGUCACCGUCAUGUCCACAGACAUGUCCGCUCCGUCCAUGAGGAAGAAGUCAUUUGCUCGGAGCACCAAGCCAAGCGUCAGGAUGUGUAUUCGGGAACAGAGGGAUAUCCUAACCAUGUCGUCUCCAGAGGUGUGCUGGCCGGUGCCGAUGCGAGCCAUCGGGGCUCAGAACCUACUGACCAUGCCAGGAGGAGUUUCAAAUGCGGGAUACCUCCACAAGAAGGGCGGCAGCCAGUUCAGCCUCAUGAAAUGGCCACUCAGGUACACCAUCAUCCACAAAGGCUGUGUGUACUACUUUAAGAGCAGUACCUCUCCUGCACCACAGGGGGCGUUCUCUCUCAACGGCUACAACAGAGUGAUGAGAGCGGCAGAGGAGACGACGUCCAGUAAUGUGUUUCCUUUUAAGAUCGUGCACUAUAGUAAGAAACACAGGACGUGGUUUUUCUCUGCAGCCAGCGAGGACGAGAGGAGGAAAUGGAUGCGAUUCCUGCGGAGGGAGAUUGAUUACUAUAAUGACAGAAAUGAGUGCCUCUUUUCAAGCGACUCGGAUUCAGAUGCUGACAGUUUCUAUGGCUCGAUUGAGAGGCCCAUGGAUAUCAAACACCCCGUGGACAACACAGACGACGAUUAUGGUGAGGAUGAUGAUGACGACGAGGAAGACUAUCUACAGCCAGACAGUGACUGUUCCCCAACAUCUACAGUCUCUUCAGGUCGACCCACAGGACCGCCCCCCUCCUACCCUCCUCCUCCGGUGCCGGCAACCUUCCAGCUCCGUCAAGAAUUCAGUCCAGGCUUCCACAAAGGAGCACCUCCUCCAGUCCCACCCCUACACAGAAUCCCAACCAGCCCGUUCCCCAAAAAGUCUCUGCCCUCUGUCUCACCUCCCUCCACACUAAAAGACCCCAACAAAGGUCCGCCUCCCCCUCUCCCCUUUGCUCCCCACCUGCACAAGACCGUCUCUUCCUGCCCGCCACCUCCACCUCCCCCUAAUCCAAAGAGAACUCUUCAGAGCAGGACCACCUCCAUGGGGGAGCCCGUGAUGGACAAGAAAGACUGGGGGCCUCAAAAUGGUCCCGCCUUCUGUUACCUUCCUGCAGCAGGGAGCCAAUCACAAAGCAACAACCAUCAAGGGGUGACAAUUAACCUCCGCAGCAAGCCAAACCUACCGCCUUCCCAUGUGGCCAAAACUGGGGGGUCGUCUCUUCACCCUGUUAUGUUAAACUCCCUGACAUCCUUAAGUACCCCUCCGUUGUCUCCUCUUCUUAAAACUGGACUUCACAACAGGCCAGCUAUACCUAAACCUCCCCCACCAACUGCCAAACCGCCGCUGCCUGCAGCCAAGUCCAAGCCGCCAGGAACCCCAAUUCAAAGAGCAUCGCCAGAUGGACAGAGUUUCAGAUCAUUGGGAGAGGAAACGCCCACAGAGAGCAGGAAGAAACAACACUCGUCGAAAAGCAACUCUGACGACGACUAUGAGAACGUGCAGCUGCCAGACUCUGUGUACGUUGACACAACUGAAACCAGCUUAGUAGAAAAGUUGUUCAAAGAGAGCAACAUCUAUCCACAGGACGGUCUGUACUGCAUCCGGAACUCAGGGACAAAGACGUCGAAGGUGCUGGUGGUUUGGGAUAUCGGUAUAAGCAAAGCCAGAAAUUACCGUCUGUUUGAGGAGGGUGGACUUAUUUUCCUGGACAGUGAAAUGACCUUCCCCAAUCUGUCAGCGCUUAUUGAACACUACUACAGCCAUCCUCUUCCUCACCACGGCUCACUCUGCCUGCAGGCGCCUUACACAGGGACACAGAGCUUCUGCUGAGAGAGAGAGACAACAGGAGCGCUUCUGGUAUCCCUCAAAACCACCGGUGCUCAUGGAAGGGAAGACUUCAAAAAAGUGGAGGACAAUGUAAGACAAAAACAAACACAUAUCGGCCUGAGCCUUCUUCAGGGCGUGGCGACACAAUGAGACAAGGAGAGUAGUUAUUGCUGCAGUCACCACAGGUGUGCAGUGAUGAAGGCAAGGUCGUUUUUUUUUUCCUUUUCUGCCUUACAUACUGGACACUGUAUUCAAACCAUGGUGCAAACUGCAAUAGUUUAAUAAAAUAUAUAAGAAUUUAAAAUACAAAUACAGAUAUACAAAAGUACAAAGAUAAUGUGCAGAAAGAUGUGCCUUCAAAAACAACAGCAACAACAAAUGUGCAUGGACUUGAACUAACAUAGAGAAAAGGGAUUUAGAAAGGGAUGAGGACAGAUUUGACCUCAGGAUGAUUUAAAUGUGGUCAGUUUCAGGAUCAAGUGACACACAGACAAACAAAGAAUUAAGUUUCAAAGACAGAGAAGCCUGCAGCAACGUCUUUAUGUUAUAACAAACUGUCAGCCUCUUGUUCAGACUUUGUGCCUUAAGAAUCUCUGCUUUUCACUUUUGAAGUGGACAUCUUUGUUGUCUUUCUUUUCAAGACUCAGAGUCCUAAAGGUGCAAAGGGUUAAUGCCUCCGCUGAGAAGACGGCGGGGGAAUGAUCUUUUUAACAUGUAUUAUAAACAGCGUUAGAAGAAGAUAGAAAUAGCUGUUGAUUUGGUUUUAAGGGGACUUUUCUUUU